AUGACAGCCACAAGAGACGAGUACCGCUCAAGAACAAAACGCGGCAGAAUGACAAAGCCAAAGAAAGAAACUCCGCCUGCAAAGAGAAGAGUCAGAACAGGGUGUCUCACGUGCCGCAGAAAGCAUAAGAAGUGUGACGAGAAUCGGCCCAAGUGUGAUUUUUGUACCGCCAAGGGUCUCGAAUGCGUUUGGCCCGAGGAAGUUAAAAAGAAUGUGUUUGUGAAUAACUCGUUCAAAGACUUCCGCUUCAACCAGAAACAGUCUCGUUCCGGACUUGUUCAACCGGCAGAUUCACUUGGAUUUGACCAACAGGGCUUAUCCCUUGCCCAAAGUCCGGCAAGAGAGUUUGCAAGACGCAAAAAGCCAUUCUCGAUGGACGUUUCCGACACCUAUCUGGACGCAUUCGACGGCUACUCGCGUAGAAACGAGUACCUUGAAAGCUCGUUGACCACAAACUAUCCCGUCAUGGAAACUUCCGACUCGCCAUUAUCGGGGCUUUUCAACACUUUCCAAGAACUUCCCCAAGAGUCACAAGGAGUGAGUCUUUUGACCCGCACAUCUAGCUACGGCCUCAAUUCGUUAGAAGGUCUUGACGGAUCGGUCCAAAGUUACAGCAUGAACUCGGCAAACUCUUACAACGGCAAGAUGUCGUCGGCUUCAUCCAUCACCUCGGAUAUGUCUCUUGGUAACAAGGAGAUGUCCGAUUUUGAACACCGCUACUCGUUCAUCGAACCAGACAAGCAAAGCUCAGCACCAAAGACUUAUGACUUGUCAAAUACCCUUCAAGAUCUGAUGUGUCUGGUUGCUGCCACCAACGAUACAAGCUCGGGGGAAACGCUUCCUAACAACGAAACCAUUUUUGAGUUUUUCGCCGACAAGUCGACACUCGAAGCUCCGGUUGUCGAGGACGCCGAAUCCAUGCUUCUUAUGGAGACAUACGUCGAUCAAGUUGCAUAUCUUCUGAACAAAUCAGACGAGCCAAAUAGCAACGUGUUUUUAACCGUUGUUCCAGAAAUGGCUGAAACCUUCCCUGCAUUGCAGUAUGCCAUGAUGGCUAUAUCUUCCAGACACCUGGAAAGAGUCCGGGACGAUUAUUACGGAGACAAGACGCUCCAAUACUAUAACUAUGCCUUGAAGCAGCUGGGCACGAGUCUGAACUCUAAGCAGAACGUCCUCCAAGUGGUGACUUGUUGUGUGCUUCUGUGCUAUUUUGAAGUUCUGUGCACCGAUCCAGAAACAUGGCGCACAAGACUGGAAAAAUGUGCCGCUGUCUUGAAGGCGUGUAACAUCACUGCGUCGUCCGAAAACAACCUCGAGCGGGCUUUAUUUUGGAGCUUCAUCGAGCUGGACGUUGGAUGCUGCUCUGGAGGUGAAAAACCAAGCAUCAUCCCCACAAAUGAAUGGUUUUCCCAAGUCCCAGAGUCCAUCGACACCGAGAUGCAUUCGAUGUUGUAUUUGACUGCCCAAGUGUUUGAGCUGGUGAGCUCAGGCGACGACAAGAUAGACUUCGAUGCGGACUGGAAGUCUUUAUGGGAGAGUUUGAGCAAGUGGGAGCUCAACCGUUCUACCAACAUGCGAAGCUUCCAGAGUUUCAAGAGAAACGAUCUGUUCCCGGAGAUCUUGUAUUCUAAUUCCACAGCUAUCUGUGGCAAUCAGUUGUUCCAUUUAUGUUGUAUUUUGAUGUUGCAGACAAAGCCACGUUUGGUGAAGAUCGAGAAGUCGGAGCAGACCCUUUUCCAAAGUGCUGUGCGCAGCGACUCUGUCGGAUCCGAGAGCGCAGGGAUGUCCAGGUCACAGAUCUGGCACGCCAAGCAGAUCAUUGGCAUUAACCUGUGCAACAUGAAGGCGUCUGCUAAAAGAAACAUCGGCUGUCACAUUGUCUCGUUGCAAGGGAUCUGGACAGCCGGUAAGUUGUUUUCCUCAUCUCAUGAGCAUUCCAUCAUUAUGAAAUUGUUGAUUGAUCUUCAAAAAUGGACCAGUUUCUCAAUGAGCUGGAGAGGAAGACAGUUGACUGAGUUCUGGAAGAGCGAAUGUUAA